AUGGAUAAACCUAUUGAUGAGAUCGUGAAAAACUUACUCAAGUUCGUAGUAAGAGGUUUUUAUGGUGGUUCGUACAUCCUGGUAAUAGACGCUAUUUUAUUCCAUUCAGUUUUAGCUGAAGAUGAUUUGAAACAACUAUUGAGUAUAAAUAAAACCGAAUUAGGUCCCCUCAUAGCAAGGCUCAGAUCAGACAGACUCAUUUCCAUCCAUAAACAGAGAGAAUAUCCUCCAAACUCAAAAAGUGUAGAAAGAAUGUAUUUUUAUAUUAAAUAUCCUCAUGCUAUUGAUGGUAUAAAGUGGAAAGUUCAUCAGUUGGUACAAAGAUUGAAAGAUGAUCUGGACAAGAAUUCAGCUCCAAAUGGGUACAUGUGUCCCAUUUGUCAAACUAAAUACACCCAAUUAGAAGCUAUUCAAUUGUUAAAUUACGACAGAACAGAAUUUCUUUGCUCACUGUGUGAUGAACCUUUGAUUGAAGAUGAUUCAGGUAAAAAAAAUAAAGAAAAACAAGAUAAAUUAAAUCGAUUAAUGGAUCAAAUUCAACCUGUUAUCGAUUAUUUGAAAAAAAUCGACGAUUCAAGAAUUGAAGAAAAUACUUUUGAAUUUGCUUUAGCCAAGUUAAUCCCACCACAAAAUCAAUCAAAUGCUGCUUACACAUAUAAUCCAAAGAAGGGAAGUACGAUGUUCAGACCAGGUGACGCUCCAAUGGCUAACGUCAUGGGUACCGCUCUCGGUAAUGACAGUUCGAGACGUGCGGGUGCAAACUCUCAAGCUACUCUACACGUGAAUAUUACAACUGCAAGUGAUGAAAUGACACAAAGACAGUUACAAGAAAGACAAGCUGAAGAGAAGAGGAAACAAAAUGCAGUUCCAGAAUGGCACAAACAAAGUACUAUCGGGCAAACUGCUCUAGGUAGACUUGAUAACGAAGAUGAAUUCGAUCCACAGACAAUGUCAGCUGAUGGUACCACCGCAACAACUGCUUCCGCGUUGCCCAAUGGAACAUAUGCAGAACACACAGUCAAUGAUACUUAUUACAAUAACGAAAAUAAUCGUGCAUUGACGGAAACUGAAAUUGAAGAGAGAGAAAAUGAAAAGACUUUGAAUGAAUAUUAUGCACAAUUAGCAAAGAAACAAGCGGAAGAGGAACAAGAAGAUGAAGAAGAAGAAGAUGGUGAAUUCGAAGAUGAAUUCGCUGAAGAAUUUGAAGGAGAAUUUGAAGAUGUCACUGACGAUAAUCGUAUGGAAAGCACGGAACAAACACCCAUUGAAAACGCUACUUCAAACACUACAAACACUACCCUCACCUCAGAGCAACCAAAUGGAGAAGAGAAUGCCCCUAAUAAUGAUGAUGAAGACGAGGAUAUCGAAUUCGAAGAUGUAUAA